AUGAAAGUUGAUAUUGAUGGUUUAUUUAAAUCUUAUGACCAUAAUGAAACGAUAAAGUAUAUUGACAAAUUAAGAAACGAAAUAAUUGAGAAAGAGGAUGAUAUAAAAGAAUUUUUAAAAAAAGAAAGUAAUAAUGUCAUUGAUAAUACUAUUAGGAUUAAGAAAAUAUAUGGUUGUGUUGAAAAAACAAAAAAGAAUUUAGAAGAUAUUAUUAGUAAUUAUAAUAAAUUAGUAGAUAACGUAAAAAGUACUCAGGUGUGUAAUAUUGAAGAUAUAUAUAAGAAUGAAUUAAAUGAGAUUGAAAAGGAUAUUGUAAAAAAUGUGUGGCUCAAAAAAUAUGACAAGUAUGAAUUUUUAUUUGAAAAUCCAUUUUUUGAAAAAAAAAAUAAAGAAGCAAAGGAAGGUUUAGGAAAUAUAAUAAAUAAUAUAAUAAUAAAUGAAGAUGCUUCUCUUAAUACAAAGGAUGAGAAUGUUAUAAUAAAAUAUGAUUAUUUGAUUAAUAAAAAAGAAAACAAAAAAAAAGAUGUAAUAGUAAAUUAUGAUUGUUUUUAUUUAAAUAAUUAUAUUAAUAACAUAUAUUUUGAUAUUAAUAAAAAAAUAGAAGAAGAAAAUUAUAUAUAUUGUAUAAAUAAAAUUUAUAGAGACAUAUUUAUAUCUCUAAUAGUUUUAAAGUCUAUAUUAAAAAAUGAAAAAAUACAAAAUAUAUAUAUGAAUAUUUUUAAAAAACCAAAUUGUAAUUAUUAUCUACACAAUUUUGUAAAUAAAUAUAAACAUCAUUUUUCAAAUGUUAUAUUAAAAUUAAUACAUUACUCUUUUUAUAAUCUAACAUUUAAACAUUCUUGUAAUUUCCAAACAAUCAUAAAAUCCAUAAUGAUUUUACUCAUAUUUUAUAAUGAGAAAAAUACAGAUAUUAUAAACUUUAUUCAUAAAAAUAAAGAAAACAUAAAACAACAUGAUAUAAAUAAGAAACAAAUGAAUAAUUUAUUUCAUGCUAUUUUAAACGCAAGAUUAAAAUUAAUACAUAAUUUUAUUAACAAGAAAAAAAAUAAAAAAUUCAACAAAGGUAAUGAAUCAGAUAGAAAUACAAUACAAAAAAAUGAAUUAAUCCAUAAUAAUGAAUAUCUUCCUUUUAAUAAAUUACACAUAUAUUUCAAGAAAAUAAUAUAUGUAUUAUUAAAUACAAAAUAUAUUUUAUUACUACUUAUCGAUAAUAGUUGUUGUCCGCUUUUGCAUGAACAACAUAUUAAGAAAAAAAAUAAAGAUGAGCACAUUUAUGAAAAAAAAUAUAAAAAAAACUAUACUGAUCAUAUUACAUAUGAAAAAAAUGAAAUAUGUGAAAAACAAUUUGUAUAUAAUCAAAUUCAUACUGAUGAUAAGAUACAUAUAAAUAAAGAAAAUCAAAUAGAUGUUGUCGAAUCAUAUGAAAAUAACUUUUUACUAUAUAUGAAAAAUGAAAUUUUUAUUUUACAAGAUAUAUAUAAUAAUAAAGAAGAUAUAAAAAAGAGUAUAGAAAAAAAUAAAGAAUAUUUUAAUUAUCAUAUUAAUAAUAUAGAAGAUAUAAAAGAAAAAAUUUUGAAUACUAAUACAGAUGAAAAUUUUAUUCUUUUAUAUAAACAUUAUAAUCAAUGUAUUAAGAAUAUAUAUAAAUAUGUUAUCUAUUUAUUACAUAAUUAUUAUUAUACAAAUGAAUAUAAUAUUAUAAGUAUAGAUUUCUUAUUUAAUGAAUAUACAAAUAUUAAAUUAUUGUACAAUGAAAUUAAAUCAACUAUCUUACUACCAGAAACAUAUUUUAAACCUUUUAUUAAACCAUUACAACAUUCAUCAAUUAUUAAUGAUAAUUAUUUAAUAAAAAUAAAUGAAGAAUUAUUUAAUUAUUUCUUAUUCCUCUUUUUUAAUAAAUCCAUAAGCAUAAUACCCCUUUUUGAUAACAAACCUAUAGAUCAAUGGGAAAAUGUUCUCAUCAAAUUUUUUAAAAGUUUUUCAUAUCAUGUAACAACCUAUCUAACAUAUGAUAAUAAUAGUUACUUUUCUAUACAUGAUAAAAUAUUUUUUUCUUUUCUUCUAAAUGCUUUUUAUUUUUAUUAUGAAUUUUAUAAUAUCGAUUUGAAAAUCAUAUAUAGUGAAUUUUCAAAAAUCCCAAAGCAUUUUAAUAAUACAAAAAAAUAUUUGAAAGAUAAAAAAAAAUCACACAAUCGGUUAUCAGAACAUGUAUUAAAUAAUAAUAACAAUUACACAAAAGAAAAACUUUUUAACAAUGCUUUUAAAAAUAUAAUUAAGGAGAAAAUACACCCACUUUUAUUUUCUGCCUAUAAACUUAUACUCUUUAUUGAAGUAAAAAAAAUGAAUACCUUUGUAAAUGUGGACUUUUUAUAUAUGAAUAAAAAUAAAGAUCUUUCUAAUUUUCAGGAACUCUAUGAUAUAUUUAUAAAUAUUUUAAACAAUUAUGAUAAUAUAAAAACUAAUACACAAGUUAAUGAUGAUGUUCAAGGUUAUGAUGUAUUAUUAAAUUUAUUAAAAGAAAAUGAUAACGACAUUUAUAUGAAUAUUAAUAUUAAUACUAAUAAGAAUGACAUAAAUACAAAGGCUGAUGACAUAAAUAAAAAGGCUGAUGACAUAAAUAAAAAGGCUGAUGACAUAAAUAAAUAUGGUGAUGAAAUAAACAAAAAUAGUGAUGGGACUCAGUGUGUUCAUGUGAAUUAUUGUAAUGAUUUUAGUAAUGAAACUCAGUGUGUUCAUGUAAAUUAUUGUAAUGAUUUUAAUGAUGAGGAAUACAAAGAAUUCUACUUUUAUGUUAGUCUUUUAAGAUAUAAUAAUAAAAAUAAAUUUAAUCAUUUUUUAGAUGGUUUAAAAAAUAUUCAAAUAUAUAGUCAAUCAAAUGAUAUGUCAAAUAUAUUUAAUAAUAAUGAAAAUGUUCAUAUUAAUAAAAAUAAUAAUAAUAAUAAUAAUGUUUUUAAUAGGGAACCUAACUUUUGCCUUAAAGAUAUUAAGUCUAUAUUUUUUUAUAUAGUGUAUAAUAUUUUUAAAAUGUGUAUGAAAUGUUUUUGCUCAGAAUAUUUCGAUAAUUUAAAAUGCCAUUUGUAUUAUUAUCUACAUAUGUUAUUAAAUUAUAAUAUGGAGCAUAUAUUAUGUGAUAAAAUAAAUAGUCAUUUAUUAAACCUAUUUAUAUUUUCCAAUAUAUUUAUUAUAUAUAUAGAAAAAGUAAUGACAACCGAACAAUAUAAAAACAUUAUAAUAUUUAUUAUAAAAACAAUACUUCAAAAGAAAAUAUAUCAAAUAUAUAUUACCUUUUUACAAAAGGUUAAAGAUAUAUACAUAAUAGAAAUGGAAAAAGCACAAAAUAAAAACUUAUUUAAUAAAAAAAUUACAGAAUUAUAUCAUAUCCUAUUGUUUGAUUUAUACUUUUGUGAACAAGUCUUAGAUAAAAAUAAUAUUACAAAUAAAUCUUUUUAUGAAGAUCUUAUUUAUUUAUAUAAACGAAAUGAAAUGUAUUAUAUUAAAUCAACUUUUUAUUUCAUAGAUAUAUAUAAACAAACCUAUAAUGUAUAUAAUGAAAAUCAAAACAAUAAUAAUAAAAACAAAAAUAAUAAUAAUAAUAAAAACAAUAAUAAAAACAAUAAUAUAUCUAAAGAAGAACACGUACAGAAACAAAACAUUCAUCCAUUAAUUCAUAAAUUAUAUAAGUCAUAUAACAAUUUUGUACACAAUCAAAAUGAAAAAAAUAAUAAUAUAAUGAAAAAUAUAUCAUUUAAAUUUUUAAUUGAUGAUAUAUUAGUAGAACUAAAUAAAUUAGAUAACCUUAACAAUAUUAUAUACCAGAAACACAUACGUUCACUUGUACACAAUGUCAUAAAAAAUACAUAUUUAUUAUAUUAUUUAUUUGUACAAGGAACUACACUCAAUAAUAUAAUAAACACAAAUAUUGAAGAGGAACAAAAUAAUUUAGACAUUUUUCAUUAUAAUAAUGUAUUAAAAAUUGAUGAUCAUUCUAUUGAAGAAAAGUUAUUUACAUUCUUUUCUUGA